UUUUCAAGAAAAAAACACUUCUUGAAAAAAAAAAACGUAAUGGCUUCCAAAGCUACGUCCUCUCUUGCCUUCCUCCUUUCUCUCAAUCUCCUUUUUUUCACCCUUGUCUCAUCAUGUGACAAUUGCUAUGUCCCUAUCCCACCAAAGCCCGAGCCAUACCCUCCUACAAAUCCAAACCCUCCAUCUGACUAUCGAAAGUGCCCUAAGGAUGCCCUUAAGAUCGGUGUUUGCGCCAAGCUUCUUGGCGGCCUCGUCGACCUUACCAUCGGCAAGCCACCGGUGACCCCAUGCUGCACCUUAGUUCAAGGGCUUGCUGAUCUUGAAGCUGCUGUCUGUCUUUGCACUGCCAUCAAGGCUAGCGUUUUGGGCAACAAGAUUAAAAUCCCACUCCACCUCAGCUUGCUCCUUAAUGUUUGCAACAAGAAUCUUCCCAAUGGAUUCCAAUGCUGAUUUUAGUCUCUCUUUUUUUUUUCAUUAUUGAAUUCUUUGAGUGUGUUUUGAUGUUUGUGGUUCUAAUUAAAGUUGUCUAAGUUUUAGACUUUAUUACAAAUUGUUGUAUGUUAUGUUUAAUUUGCUUCAUUGGAGCUAUUC